AUGAGGACGAAAACCACUGCCAAGAGGUCCCUAGACCUCGAGCUGAAGCACUUUGACAAACGCCACAAGGUAGAACCUCAGACGCUGCGCAUAGAUGGCGACCUCUUCUCGCUCUCCGCCUUGCAGAGGACGCUCCAGGACCUCCAGUGCGUGUUCUGCAAGGAGUUCUCGGGCGGCCCCAUCAUGAGAUUAGAUUGCUCCAAUCCAGAGUGCUCCGCUCUGCAGUACUUCUGCAGAUCUCACAUGGAGACGCCCUCGUUCCGGUGCGACAUCUGCUGGUGCUGCCGCAGAGGGGGUUGCAGGGCGGCGGAUGACCACGGCGUCACGAAGCUCUUCAAGCGAACGCUCUACACGACCUGCGAGAAGGAGGGGUGCCUGCAGCUGAUCAUCGCAGACGACUCGGAGACCCACCUGCAGAACGAGUGCACGGCCAACUUCACCACUUGCGCCGAGAUGGGCUGCAACAAGAGGUACCUCGUGAAGGACGGGCACACGUGCGACUCGGUCGUCUGCGGCUUGUGCGAGGAAGUCCCGGGGUUCGGCCGGGUCGGGUGUGUCUGGAGGGGCAACAGGCGGGACCUCGCACGCCACGAGUGCGCGUUUCGGACGCCAGAAGCAGCGGCCCAGAUGAUGCUGGACUUUGCCAGGAGCGUCAGCACUAGGGUCCACAGCUUGGAGGCAGAUGCUAGGUCCCUUCGCGCAGAAAUAAAUAUUGUAGACGAUGAUGUAGAUCUCGACUUAGACUACUCAGAUGACGACUAG